AAAAUGUGUAUUGUUUCUUUAUCGAUUACUUGUUAAACAAGAUUUAUAAAUAGCAGAAUAAGUUAUAUUGUGCUGUUAAUAACUGUAUACCUAACUAUGGUGCGCACCUGUUAUGGUAUAAAAUGGGGAUGUAGACCUUUCAUUAAGAAUAACCAAGCGGAAUUGCAGUGUAAAAGAGUUGUAAAAAGAAGUUGUACAUCUACGGAUUUUUCAGCACUAGAUGCAUUCCGACAUGUUAGGGAAAGUAUCGAGUAUAUAGAUGGAACUAGUGGAAUUAAUGAGACUGAUUUAAUAUUCCUAAAGGGACUAAUGGAUAGUCCCAUUAUGAAAAAUUUAGUUAAGGUGCAAGACAAAUUAGAAGAUCUUCCAGUGCUUCCGAAAGCAGCUACGAAGGAAGCCCAAGAAUUGGUAAAGGAUUUGUCCCUACGUUGUAGCAAUUCAAAAAAUAAGGAAGCCAAAGAACUGUUUGAGUUACUAUCGACACCUCAUUUUAAAUCCCUAAUUGACUGUCACGACCAAGUCGCGCGGAUCAGCGAAAAUCCUCCAAAGCCCGUGAAGACUGACAUUUCGAAAUUAUUCCCAGCAUUAAACGGGAUGACGGGAGAGGCGAUAAGAAUGGUGGGUGUCCGCAAAAAGGACGGCGAGCCUUUGGGUUUGACAGUACAGGUGGAUGACAACGAAAAUUUGGUAAUAGCAAGGAUAUUGGAAGGUGGGAUGAUUGAAAAACAGGGCCUACUUCAUGUUGGUGACGUGAUUUUAGAAGUCAAUGGAACACCGGUAAAGAGCGCUGAAGACCUACAAAUUGAAGUGGCAAAGUCGAAGGAUUCAGUGACCCUCAAAGUUGGUCAACCGCAAGAAAUGCAAACUCACGCUUCACUCGUUAUGAACGGAACAAGCAACGGAGUCGCAAAAAAACUUACAUGUUACAUGAGAGCUCUUUUUGAAUACAUCCCAGAAGAGGACAGUCUUCUUCCUUGCAAAGAAAUAGGUCUGCCAUUCGACCGGGGUGACAUUCUCCAAAUUGUGGAUCAAAGUGAUCCUAAUUGGUGGCAAGCAAAGAAGGUGGAAGGAGAUGGCAGAACUGGUUUAAUUCCAUCUUUGGAACUGGAGGAAAGGAGAAAAGCAUUUGUAGCACCAGAAGCUGAUUUUGUACAUAAAAUAAGUAUAUGUGGUGCUAGGAUUUCAAAGAAAAAGAAGAAAAUAAUUUAUCAGUCCAAAAGCAAUUGUGAUUUUGAUAAGGCUGAACUUUUGUUGUAUGAGGAAGUUACAAGAAUGCCUCCAUUUAAACGAAAAACUCUAGUUUUGAUCGGAACACAAGGAGUUGGAAGAAGAACAUUGAAAAAUCGUUUGAUUAAUAGUGAUCCUGAUAAAUUUGGAGGAGUUGUACCGUAUACAACCAGACCACAACGAGUUUUAGAGGAAAAUGGACAAAGCUAUUGGUUUACUGAUCGUGAGAGUAUGGAGGAGGAUAUAAAACAUUCAAAAUUUUUGGAGUAUGGUGAAUAUAAUGGCCACCUGUACGGAACACAUCUCGAUUCUAUUAGAGACGUAAUUAAGCAGGGAAAAAUGUGUGUGUUAGAUUGUAGUCCCAUCGCAUUGAAAAUUCUACACAACAGCUCAGAGUUUCUACCUUAUGUAAUAUUUAUAGCAGCUCCAGGAAUGGAACAACUUAAAAUUUUAUAUGACGUGGGGAGGAGUAGCUCUAAUUUACGAUACUCGAGCCGAAAUCUAACAUUUGAUCGACAGAGCUCGAUACGCUACAGCUCCAGGAGAGCAAGGACACUAGAGUCGUUAGCCUCUCUGUAUGAGGAGGAAGAUCUGAAACGAACACUUGAGGACAGCGCUAGCAUGCAACGAACCUACGAUAAAUAUAUUGAUCAGGUUAUCGUCAACAAUGAUUUUGAUACAACUUUCCGACAAAUUGUGGAGGCCUUGGAUACUUUAACCACUGAACAUCAAUGGGUCCCAGUUAAUUGGAUUUAUUGAUAUUCUACUGCCAUAUAUUAUAAGGAAUCUUUCUUUAAUUCUAAGAUUUUAUAAAAUAUCUUUACGAAAUGUUUUUAUUUGAAUUGGAAAAAGAAUCUCAGUAUUAAUUAGAUAUUAUAUAGUAAUAUAUAGAAAUGCUCGCUGAUUGUUUUACAAGAUUUAUGUUUGUUUUACUGGUGCGGUAGGUACUACAAAAAAAACUGGAAUUUAAAUAGAUAUAUGAUCUUUUAAAAUAUAAAAGUAUUGUUAGCUUUCAACUUCCUUUGCUUAUUUGUACACUAGCCUGAAAUUAAUUUUAUAUUACAUUUAUAAAAUACAUCACAAGUAGAAUUAGUUAAAUAUGACACAUUAGUAGUGAUAUGUAGCUAUUCCGGAGAGAUUUUUACACAAAAGAAGGUACAAAGUYMKGCAACAUCGAAUAACUUUUCACAGUUUAGUCAGUAAGUAAGCCUUAAAUGCCUAAYUAUUAUUAAGUGUAUAUAUUUGAACUGAGCAAAAGAUAUGAGUCACCCGUACUAUGAAGUAGAUUGCAGAACGAGUUCAAAUUUAUUUGAUUAACUCUUCUGCAAUUAGAUAGAUUAUUAGAAUUAGAUUGUUAUUAUAGGUGCUUUAUAUUGUAUCAUUUUAACCGUCCAAGUGUUCAGGGAAAUGUGUUUUGAUGAGAUUAUUUACCUAUAUUCAAUGAUCUUUUGCAAUUAUAUACAUUUCUUUAUACAUACUUACAUCAUACUUAGGUAUAGUUUUAAUGUUUAAAAUAUUGUUUUCAAAUAUAAUUUUUAUUUAGUUGU